AUGGAUCCACCUGGUGGCCCUUAUUACAGAUCAACUGCAGCCACUGUUUUGCCUACCACAGCCUUUCUGUCUGUCCUGGUGUGCAUUCCUCCUCUGGUUUGGCACUCACGUACUGGGAAUUUCCCUGCAUCAUGUCUCAUCGCUUGGUUUGUCAUCUUCAACUUCUUCAACUUUAUCAACCCCUUAAUAUGGCCUACAGAUGAUGUUUCAACGUGGUGGGAUGGUGCCGGGCUUUGCGAUAUCGAAACAAAGCUCAUCGCUCCUCUCGGAACCGGUAUCGCAGGAGCUCUCGUAUGUAUAUUCCGCUCACUUGCAGAUGUCAUGGACACAGAUCGUGCCACCCUGAUCCCAAGCAAGGGGGAGCGGAGACGUACCCUUGCGUUUGAAGUUGUUUUUUGUGUGGUCAUCCCUGUCCUUAUGAUGGCUUUGCAUUACGUUGUCCAGCACCGUCGAUAUUACAUAUGGGCAAUUGUAGGCUGUAUGCCUGCGUUCCACCCAAGCUGGCCCUCGACAGCCCUUAUCUUCGCAUGGCCAUUGGCUGUUUUGUUCCUGGCUACAAUCUACUGUGUAUUGGUUAUAUACCGAUUGUUCAAGUAUCGACAACAAUUUUCCUACAUUGUUUCCAUAAGCAGCAACACAAGCAAGUCGAGAUUUAUCCGUCUCCUUACUCUAUCCCUGAUACUACUUCUGGGCAGCUUUCCUUCACAAGUUUAUGUGUUCUACCGCAAUAUCGAAAUGUCAAAGCCUUGGGUGCCUUACUCGUGGAAGGACGUUCACGGGCCGGAAUGGGGAGUCAUUGUGAAAGUUCCCAUGCAUGGCAUAGUCUAUUAUGAUCGCUGGAUCCAAGUGACUUGUGGCUUCCUACUAUUCGCAUUUUUUGGAUUCGGAAAGGAUGCGACAAUAAUGUACCGAGCAUUCCUUAUCCGAGUCGGUUUGAGUCGAUAUUUCCCAUCCUUGGAGCACCCUCAUAUCGCCAUUAGCAAAGCGUCAGAUUCAACUCGCUUUGGGUCCUUUGGUAGCCGCGCCAAGACGGCUUUGAAGAAGAAACAAUCCAUGGAUGAAUAUUCCCCGACUCUAUGGUAA